AUGUCCCUGUCCCCACAGUCUGCCCCAGCCAGUGGCUCUGCACUGACCCUGCCGUCGGCCCCACUGCCUUCCCCAGGGACCAGCUGGGGCGUCCUGGGGUUCAGCCCCACUGUGGGCACCCCUCUGGGAGACCCCUCCCCAGGGCUGCCCCACUCCAGCCCAAAGGUGGGUCCUGCUGAGAGCCCUCCAUCCCUGGGGGGGACCCAGGUGGGAGUGGGCAGCCUGGCACCCCCCUCAGCACCUGGGCGUCCCCAGCAGGCAGCUUUGUCCCAGCCUGCACCUUCCCCAGGACCCACCACUGCUGUUGGUGUCACCAGCGCUGCUGUCACUGCCCCCAUCACAGCUGCCACCAGCCCAGAAGGGCUCUGGGACACAGGGACAGUCACAGCAGAGCCACAUCCUGCUGUACCACAGAGGGAUGUGCAGGGGGUGACCUGGGGAUCCCCAGCUCAGGUGCCCGGGCCCCCCCAGCAGCCCCCAGAUUCCCAUGGAGAGGGCCCUGGGUCGCCCCCAGCUGCUGUGGACACAGAGCUGGCCCGGCCAUCGAGCAGCCCCAGAGGGAGGACAGACCCUGACACCCCCCAGGUGACACCGGCUGGGGUGGGCAGGGCCCCCCAGGUGUUCAUCGUGGAGGAUCAGCCCCCUCUCCUGAGAGCGCCCCUCCUGCGCAUCCCCUGUGAGCUGGUGCUGGACAUGGCGUUCGUGCCGGCCCUGCAGGACCCCGGCUCCCCCGAGCGCCAGGAGCUGCUGCACAGCUUCAACGAGACCGUCACUCCCCUCUUCGCGCCCGUGCCUGGCUUCCUGCGGCUGGAGGUCACCGGGAUCAGGAAGGGCAGCGUGGUGCUGAGCUACGACGCGCUGUUCGCGGCCGAGCAGCUGCCGGGGCCGGGGCUGGACGAGCUCCUGGAGGCCGCGCUGGGCUCUGCCCGUGCCCGGCCGGGGCUGGCGCUGGGCACGGCCCCCGUCCUGCGCCACGAGGCUCUGGCGCGGCCGCUGGAGCCCUGCGCUCUGCUCUUCACCUGCCCGUCCGGCUUCGCCUGCGCCUCCGGGGCGGACGGGAACGUGACCUGCACCUCCCUGUGCCACCGCGCCUACUGCAAGAACCACGGCAUCUGCUCGCACGGCCCGGAGCAGCCGCCCCGCUGCCAGUGCCCCGUGGGCAGCGAUUUCUGGUUCAUGGGGCUGCGCUGCGACUACCGGGUGACGCAGCAGGGCCUGCUGGGCACGGCGGCCGGGGUCCUGCUCAGCAUCGUGCUCCUGGGCGCCGUGCUCGCUGCCCUCGCCGUGCGCCGCUUCAAGGCGCUGCUGCUGGAGGCCAGGGCCGACCAGACCCGCAGCAGCUACCGCCGUUUCUGCCGCCUGGACGAUGUCUCGGCCCAGUACUGGUCCCGCUCGGGGCUGCCCUCGGCCAGCUCGCUGGACAACCCGGCCUUCAGCAACUCGGAGGAGCUGCUGCAGCUGCAGGUGCUGGACAGCGGCUGCUGCGGCUGCCGGGGGGACUCGGCCGGAGCCAAGCGGGGCCCGGGGCCCUGCUCCCACCCACAGUGCCAGCCCAGUUUCCAUUACGAGUGGGACACCAGCUCCAGCAGCAUGAAUGACCCUAUGGUGGACUCGGGCAAAGCCAGCGACAUCUCGGUGUCGAGCUGGCCCAUGGAGCCCAUCCAGUGGGCUCCCUUCCCUCUGCACCAGCUCUCCAGGCAGCGGCCGCACAAGGCGCGCUGGCCGCAGUCGCUCUGCGAGGGGCUGGAGCUGGGCACGCUGGAGCGGAGCUGGACGGCCUGAGCCCACAGAGACAGACGGACACGAGGUUCAGCUUUAAAACCAACCACAUUUUAUUUCCACGUAACGAGCUCAGUGAAGGAAUCCACACACUUGGACGAUACAAUCAACGCGGGUGUGAUGUCAGUGAUGUCAGUCCCAGCGGGGCAGGGCCCGGCGAGCCCCUGCCCCGGCUCCUGUCCGCGCCUCGCACGCUCUGGCUGGGACUGCGGCUCCAGAGCAGGCAGAUACAGAGAGGUGUCAGGACACAGUGCUGGCAUCCACCAGGUCGUGACUUUUGGGGGCAGUCUGGGCAGAAAGGCUGGCGGUUCUGGAGGGCACGUCGGGCUCUGGACGCAGCGGCUCUGCCACGCCGCAGGGAGGGAGGGAGACACACGAAAGCGCUGCUGCGUCGCUCAUCAUGAUUCAUGUCAAUGAGGUAUCAACACCAGGAUGUUGUAAGCAUUAAAGUUUAUUUUCCAAAACGCUCUCCUUAUUCGCACGUGUCCUCUGGAGCAUCGAGCUGGGCACAAAUGGUGGGGGCUGGAAAUGGGGCGCUGUACGGAGGGCGAGGGCAACGGGGUCCCAAAGGUGCUCGGAUAGAAAAGGAAAAGCAAGCUGCAGUUCUACACUUAGACUCUCAUAGUCUCAGAGGGGGCACGUUGAGGGAGAUUUUUGCUAGAAUAAAAUGCAGAUCUCUUCAUAAAAAAAUCAGUUUGCUAAAAGAAAACUCAACCUAUGGGAAUACAGAGCUAUCGGAUCGGUCGAUAUUCUCAUCGUAUAGAAAACAGCCUACAAAUAAAGUCACAAAAAAUAGACAGUUAUAUGCUGAGCAGCCAAAAACAUCAUGAUUUAUUAAUAUCUGGAGAAACUUCAUAAUUCAAACACAACCAAACUGUACAUUUUACAAUCACAUUCUAUUUGUAAACAGUUAAAAGCCACUGACUUCUUUUGCAUCUUCGGACACAAACAUUAGAAUCAAGGCAAUGAAAUGAUGGCGAUUUCUGCACUGUUAAAAUUUUUACCCUUGCCUAGUCUGGAAUUCACGGACUAAACAAGCAUUCAAUAAUACCUUUUGUGGCAAGAGGAUGUAACUCGUUCACUUUUGCGAGAAAGUACUUGCGAGAACUUUGUCAACAUGAAAACUCGAUACACACACGAUCUGUAAGCCCAGCCCGUGGUUACAGGAUGCAUAGUUACUCAGGUCGGCUUGGGGACACGGCCCCACGGUAACACAGUCACAGAGCAGGAACAGCCACUCGAUGGGAUUACAAAAACUUGGAUAACUACGGAUUAUUAGCAAACCACCACCACUCACUAAGAAAAGACAGCGUCAAAAGCAGAAUGUCCAACUCCAGCUUGAAGCGUUUUUUUUUUGGCAGAGAAAAGUCUUACAGAGCAAUAAGUAUUAUCAGUGCUAAAAGUUGAGUUUUUUUUUUUUUUUUCCUAUAAGAAACUACAAGGAGUUUUUACUGGGGAACUGGUUUUCCUGAGAGCCAUGCUCUUUGAUUUAGGAUACAGGAAUAGAAAACAAAAGGACAUGGCCAAACACUGUUCGUUAUUCCCAGAGAUAGAAAGCAUCUUUUUCAUUCUCAAUUUUUUUUUUUGUCUUUUUAAAAAUUUUUAAAAUGAUGGAAGAGUAAACAUUUUUCUCAAAAAACAAAAAAAAUAUUCUGUAAACAAGAAGGCGCCAACACAGGCACCCCCAAAACAAAAUUGAAAGCCUAUUGAAAGUGCAGGACCCCCCUGGCUUGCAGGCUGGGUUGCAAGUCACAGCUGUGGCCACAGUUUUUUAAACUGCAGAGCUAAAUUCUUUAGUUUUAUACAUGAAAAAACUGGUGCAAUACUUUCAUUCAUAAUCCUAAGUCAGUAUCCUAACUCGAUCUUGGAACGCCACGACACCACGAGCAGGUAGGCAAACAUCAAGGCAUAGUAGAGAGCGCACACUGUUUGUAGGAACAUCCUUGAGUAAACACUUACACGUGAGCUGCUGCCGCCCGCCACGCCGACGGCACGGGGAGCAGCAGUCAGUGCAACGUCAGAAAAGCUCAUACUCCAACAUCAUCAGCAAAAUGCAAAUAAAAAGGAAAAAAAAAAAAAAAAAAAAGGAAUUCAAAGAAUAAA